AUGGGUGAUGUUGCUUGUGAGCGCAUCGGUUUUCUGUUGCGGGAAAAUAGCAGUGUCUCCAUUCUGUCCCUUUGCGAAAAUCACAUCAAGAGCGUAGGUUGUGGCUUCAUAGCCCGACCUCUAGACCGCGGAUAUGGGACAGAUAAGCUGAAGCGUCGAUUGACGCAUUUAUUCCUGAAUCGCAACCACAUCGGACCGGUCGGAGCUAAGUCGCUCUCUCUAGCUCUAGUCCACAAUCGAACGCUGGAAGCACUGGAAGUGAGGGG